AUGAAAACGAAUUUUUUGAAAAUACUAUUCUAUCUUCUUGUUGCGGUGACUUUUUCAUAUGGCCUUGAUUUGAAUCCUGAUGAUUUAGACAGCUUAAAGCAGGCAACAGCUCUUGUAGCUGAUGGGUUGAUGGAUUACUAUAACGGCUUGGAUUACGGUGAAACUAUUGGUAUGUUCUCUGAUCCAUACUAUUGGUGGGAAGCUGGUGGAGCAUGGGGCUCCAUGGUUGAUUACUGGUACUUUAUGGAAAAUGAUACCUAUGCGAAUAUCACAAAACAAGCUUUACUAUUUCAAGUGGGCGAUAAUUGGGACUAUGUUCCAUCAAAUCAGUCGACCACUGAAGGUAAUGAUGAUCAAGGCUUUUGGGGUUUAGCUGUCAUGAGUGCUGCUGAAAAAAACUUUACAAAUCCUUCAGACGACGAACCUGGCUGGUUGUAUUUAGCACAGGCUGUUUUCAACACCAUAGCUUAUAGAUGGGACACUGACAAUUGUGGUGGGGGUCUAAGAUGGCAGAUUUUCCAGUGGAAUUCAGGUUAUGACUAUAAAAAUUCGGUUUCAAAUGGUUGCUUGUUCCAAAUCGGUGCCAGAUUGGCUAGAUACACCGGCAACAGCACAUAUAUCGAAUGGUGUGAGAUGGUGUGGGACUGGAUGGUCUCUGUGGAUUUCAUAACAACUGACGACUGGUGGUUUGUUUAUGAUGGGGCUACCAUCGAUAACAAUUGUCAGAAUAUUUCCAAAUUACAGUGGACUUACAAUCAAGGCUUGUUUCUUGGUGGAGCAGCAUUCUUGUAUAAUGUCACUGGAGAAGAAAAGUGGUUGAACAGAACCCAGAACUUAUUGGAUGGUUCAGCUGUUUUCUUCAACAAUUCUGUGAUGUACGAAGCCGCUUGUCAGGGAAUUGGUACUUGUAAUAACGAUCAAAGAUCUUUUAAGGCUUAUUUCUCGAGAUUUUUGGGUUACACAGCGUUGAUGGUUCCUUCGACAUACAAUCAGGUUUACGAGUUGUUAAGAGUCUCAGCUCUAGGUGCUGCCUCUUCUUGUUCAGGGGGCACUGAUGGUCAUACCUGUGGUAUCAACUGGUUUUAUGGUGGAUGGGAUGGAUUUUGGGGCUUGGGUGAGCAAAUGUCUGCCUUGGAGGUGAUGCAGAACUUAAGAAUAAAUGACCUUCCUGCUCCAUACACUGCUUCUUCUGGUGGUUCAUCUGAGGGUGAUCCUGCUGCUGGAACCGAAGACCUUGGAUCUGAAGCUAAUAAAGCUUUAUCCAUAGAUACUGCUGAUAUUGUUGGAGCCUCAAUAAUAACUGCUGUUGUUGGCUUGUCACUAAUAGCAGGUUCAAUUUGGCUCAUAAUUUAG